AUGCGCUUUGCCAGCUCUGUGGGCUGUGAUGAUAGCCGCAGUUUGUCUGCGGAGUCGCCGGAGCAGCUUUACGAUGAUGAUUUCAAUGAGAGUCCGGAGUGCGGCGACUUUGGCUGUGAUGAGGCGUUCGAGCCAAAGCCAAAGUUGCAGCCUUGCUUGCAACCGCUGCAGCAGCAACACUUGCAACAUCCUUGUUUCUCCGAAGACUGCGAAGACGAGGACGAUAUGGAUUAUGAGGCUACUAAUCAACAAGAUACAAAUCUUUGCCCACACUUUACAGCGCCCGAAGAGACAGGACCAGCAAAUCUGAGACGCUCGUCUCACACACCCACGCGUUACCGCAAGCCGAUGAAGAACUAUGUGGAGCCGAUACUAUAUGAGGGGAACUUUGGUAAGCCAAGACAGCGACAGGAGCGUCCAGCACAACGCGAUUACUUUGUGAGCAACAAGCAAAUAAUGCCCAGACCCAGACCCAAAUAUAGAGAGAGAGUGCCGCCUUCGAUAUAUGUGAACAAUAUAGUGCGUGGAUUAAAGUGCAACGAUGAGAUUGGAGGUGAACAGCCGGCGAGACUAAAUGCGCCAGCUAAACGCUAUAGAGUGGGCAAGGAUGGGCGACGCUAUUGGUUGGUGCGAAGACCAGCAGGCGGCAGAGCAGCUGGAGACGGCGGCUACAUGCAGCCGCACAUGCCACGACCACGCCCACGAGCACGUCAACAAGCGCACUACAGUGAAAACUCUGGCGAGGAUGUGAGCGACAGCAUGGAGCAGGACAAUGAGCAGUACUUUGAUGAUGGCAGCGCUUUGCCUUGGCUGCGACAACAGCAAACAGCUCAGCUGGAUCCCUGUCAAGUGGAGCAGGAGCAGCUGGACAGGCAGCUGGAGCGACAGCGCGUUAGAGAAGGCGCUAGAGCAAUCGCUAGUGCCGAACGUCUAAGCGAGCGCGAGCGACUGCGCGACAGAGACAACGAAUCGCUUGUGGACUAUGCUCCAGCUCAUUUCUUUACAUAA